GGGGGUGUUGGCCGGCGCUUGUCGACGCUCCACUCGGCUCCGAGGACUGUCGGCGCUGCGUGCAGGCGAGGAGGCGUCGCUCACCGUCCACCCGAGAUGAAUUUUAUUGCAAUCGUCGUCAUGCAUUUAGUCAGUCUGGCAGUUCUAAUGGCAAAAAGUCACUCAGAUCCCCUGAGUGACGCCAUACUGGAAGAGUGGGAAUCAUUCAAGAUGAAGUAUGGAAAGAAGUACAGUAACAAAACAGAAGAAAAGUUUAGACUGAAGGUAUUUUUGGAUAACUGGAGGAAAAUAACGAAGCAUAACGACCGAUACGAGAGAGGUGAAGUUACCUUCAAGAUGGGGAUGAACAAAUACGGUGACUUGGCUGUUAGAGCGCAUGGUAAGGCGCACGGUAGAGCGUGGUGGUGGCCGGCAGCUCCGCCAGGAGGCGGCGGGCUCCAGGGGCGGCGCGGCGCGCGAGCCGGUGAGGGCGGCCAGCUACAUCGGCCCCGCCAACGUGGCGCUGCCCCGCGCCGUGGACUGGAGGCAGCUGGGCGCCGUCACGCCCGUGGCCGACCAGGGGCCCUGCUCGUCCUGCUGGGCCUUCAGCGCCACGGGCGCGCUGGAGGGCCAGAUGUUCAGGAAGACCGGCAAGCUGGUGCCGCUGAGCGAGCAGAACCUCGUCGACUGUUCGCGGAGGCACGGCAACCACGGCUGCUCCGGCGGUUCCAUGAACCUGGCCUUCCUGUACGUCAGCGAGAACCGCGGCCUGGACACCGACCAGGCCUACCCGUACACCGGCCAGGAGGGGCCGUGCCGCUACCGGCGCGAGGGGGCCGGCGCCAGCGCCGCGGGCUACGUGGUGCUGCGCAGCGGCAGCGAGGGCCAGCUGCUGGAGGCCGUGGCCACCGCGGGCCCCGUGUCCGUGUACCUGGCCGCCGCCCACGAGUCCUUCCGCUUCUACCGCCAGGGCGAGUACACGCUUGGCACGGGGGGUCAACCGUAUCCUUGCGUGUACUUCGAGCCACGCUGCCUGAACAACAACACCGUGCUGCACCACGCGGCGCUGGUGGUCGGCUACGGCACGGACCGCGACGGCAGGGACUACUGGAUCCUGAAGAACUCUUGGGGGACGUCUUGGGGACAGCAAGGCUACAUGCACUUGGCCCGCGACGGGACCAACCACUGCGGGGUCGCCACAGCUGCCAGCUACCCGCUGGUGUAGCGGACCCACCCACGCCAACUUCUUCAGUUAUAGUCUACAGCUUUACGCCAACGACCAGAAACCCUUUUUUACCGAGACUCAAAUUAACUUAUUAUUCACAAAUCUUCUUAACUACUGAUCCCUCCAAAACUUUAAGACCAUUAGAAGUUUUAAGAUGUUUUUUUCCCCCUAAAUUUGCGAUUAAAGUGACCAACUUAUUACUGUUCUCCAAUUUUGUAAUGUCUACAAAACAAAAUUAACAGUUGUAUAAAAUAUUAAAUAAUUCUUUUAAAUAAUGAAGAUUAUAAAUACUAAAUCUGAAGAUGCACAAACACGGAGUAUUCGGACGUCUGAUUUGGGGGUCAGUGAAUAUUUGGUUUAACCUCCUAUUUCUGACAAUACAUUCUAUAUGUCACUUCAAAACAAAGAAGCAGGCACUUCUACAAGGAUAGUAACAUUGAAAAUUCCUAAUCAAAAUAUCAGUGGCAAAGCAGGAUAAAUUUUAUAACUUACGAUACUGUACCUCUGGACUGUAACCUAACAUUUAAUGCUAAGGAUUUACCGUUGGAUGAUUUUAAUGCGGCGUGCAAGAUUCGUAGGAAUUACUGUAGAGAAGCCAUACAUCAGUUUUGAAACUGAACUGUAACUUUGCAGCGCCCUAAUACCGAUGCUAGAGCAAAUGACUAUUGCUGUGGGCAAAAUUCAUUACACUGGUUAAUGUUUACGGAAAUGAAUAUGAGCUAAAUCUAUGGUGUUCAAGUUAAAUGGUAAAAUUUUAUUGACUUAGUAAUAAAAUAAAAUGGAUAUAUGUUUCAAUAAUUUUAAAUAAGAGAAAAUUUUUUAAAAAGCUGCAAAACCAUCACUGUAAUAGUGAUAACAUAUUGUUAUGAAACCCACCUAACCUGGCGCAGUUUAAAAAAUAACGUCAAACAGGACAGUGUUUUUGGACUGCAAAACGGUGCGGCGUUAGCUGCAUGUAAUUCUUUCUCUCUCCCCACCCCCCUCCUUUCAAACACAACAAUUAAACGUCGCGUAUUCAGCUCAGACGCCAACACAAGGGCUAGCUUUAAUUGGUCACGUGGUUGAAUAAGGGCUUAACCAUGGAUUCAGGGAAGGGCAGCUGCCCAUCGUUUUCUGAAGGGGAAGAAAAAAAUAAAACAAGCUGACGUAGAAAUUUUUUUUAACUAAUCAUCCCAUUCUAUUGUUAAAAUAACUUAUUUUAGUAAAUACGUAUUUUUUUUAUUAUUGUGUGACAUUCUUCAGUUGUGCCCUUGUGGCUUAGCCUACUCUAAUCUACCAACAGAAUGUAACUUCUCCUGAUUCAAAUAUAUAAUUUUUAUACUUUA